GUCAGGUCGCGCGUGUUUUAGUGUCACUCUCCGUCCUGCGUCUAAGGCGAAGCCAAUGACAACAAUUGCAGUCCUUGGAGGGGGGAUUGGGGGAUUGGCAGCAUCCUACUACCUUUGCAAGAGCCCCCAGGUUACCAAGGUCAUUGUAUUGGAGUCCAGCAGUCGAUUUGGAGGUUGGCUGUGGUCCACCAGGAGGUCAGAUGGGGCCGUGUUUGAACAUGGACCCAGAGGGAUUCGACCUGCGGGGGCAGUGGGGCACAACACACUCAAUAUGGUGGAUGACCUGGGUCUCGGGGAGGACAUUCUGCCCGUCAGCUACAGUCAUGUUGCCUCUAAGAACAGAUAUGUGUAUGUGAACAAACAGCUGCACAGGAUGCCUUCAGGAUUAAGUGGACUUUUGCGCACUGUACCCCCCUUCUCUCGUCCCCUCCUGUUGAGUCUUGCCUUGGAAAUACUAGUGAAGAAAGGAAAGGAGGACGACGAGUCCAUUCAUUCAUUUGUUUCUCGGAGGCUGGGGAAGGAGCUGGCAGACAUAGCUGUGGACAGUUUGUGUCGUGGUGUGUUUGCGGGGGACUGCAGGAAGUUGAGCGUGCGUUCUUGUUUUCCUGUCUUGUACAAUGCAGAGCAGCGCAGAGGCUCGCUGACACUGGGCAUGCUGCUGGGCUCAGGUCCCACUGCUGUGUCCCCCCCCGGCCCUCUGGCUCAGAAAUCUCUGACAGAGUCGUGGGCCCAGUGGUCUCUGAGUAGGGGGAUGGAGUCCCUCCCAGAAUCCAUCAGUGAGUACCUCCAACAGAGCGGCAGAGUGCAGCUGCACAGAGACGCCGCCGUGCAACAGAUCACUCCUGCAGCCUCUGGGUGGAAGAUCAAUUUGGAGGAUGGAGUCAUAUCAGCUGACCACAUUAUCUCUGCACUGCCUGCUAAAGCCCUCUCCUCAGUCCUGCCCCCCUCCUGUCAACCUCUCAUCCAGUCGCUGCAGGACAUCUCCACGGUAACAGUUGCUGUGGUAAAUCUGGAGUAUGAGGGUUACAUCCUGCCUGUAGCGGUGAGAACUAGUCAGACACACACACCCACACCCACACCCACACACACACUGGAUGGGGCUUUGCAGGGACGACUAG